UCCACACCUCGUCCAGAACGAAGCGGAGGCAGCUUCGGAUCGAUGUUGCUCCUGAAGCCACAGCCGUCUGGGAUCAGGCGCGGCUGGGUUCUGUCUCGCAUCAUCUUCAGUCGACCCUGCUUCAACACCAGGCGAACCAAAGAUUCGCUUGAUCAAGGACACCUGCGGCAUCGAUAACUGCAUCUACUGAGCUCAUGGCCUCCGACGCUGCUGCCGCCCCGGUGGAGGUCCCGCGGCCAUUGAAGGAAGAUCCCAAGAUCCGGUUCCAGAUGGAGCUCGAGUUUGUGCAGUCGCUCGCCAACCCGCUCUAUCUGCAAUAUCUAGCACAGCAGCAGAUGUUCCAAGACCAGGCCUUCAUCAACUAUUUGCGGUAUCUGAAAUACUGGCAGCAACCCGAGUACGCAAAAUACAUCGAAUACCCCUUCAGCCUCGAAAUGCUGGAGCUGCUGCAGAACCAGCACUUCCGAUCGAGUCUGGCGAGUCCCGACACUGCCCUGCUGCUGCAUCAGAAGGAGUUCUUCACCUGGAUGUACUACCGCCACGAUCGGGAAAAGCAGCACGAGGAUAGUUUGGCAGACGAAGCGCCCGAGUGGGUGCGCAAGUUCCUCAAAUCGUCGUGACGGCAAUCUACCGAAAUGCAUCUGCAGCAGCCAGAAGGCCCCAUGAGGCGCUCUUCCCCCCCCCCAGAAAGCCGUCUGCAUGAUGGCUCCACAGCUGGUUGUGUUGUGUGCGAGCUGCUCUUGGGAUGCAUCCAUGGGCGUGCGCUGACAAUCGCAUGCGCUGCGGUGCAGUCGUCCGCCGCCAUGCGGAUGCAAUACAUCAGUGCAAUCACAACCACA